AGGAGCAGUUGCAAAGCACCUGGGAAGUGCACAUGGAGCCCUAAGGGCCUCCACAGAGCACAGGUUUUAAACAGGCAAAUAUUAUAAUUUUACAAAAAUCUCUUGCGGAUGACUUUGAAAAAUUUUGCCAAGCAAAUGACGGUCCACUUCCACUGCUGUACAGAAGUAAUCCUGGUGAAUGGAAAUGCCCAUCUCUGAGCAGUGAUUCUGAUAUUAGAACUGACUGUCUGCAGUACAGAAAAUAUGAGAAUGGAGAAUGUAUGGAAAUUCUAACAAGCCUGAAAGAAUAUUCAAAACAGCUUAAAGACAUGGUGACUUUCUAUCUAGGCUGCAGUUUCACAUUUGAAAAGGCACUCCAAGAAGUUGGCAUUCCCAUAAGAAAUGUAGAACAAAAAUGUAAUGUAAGCAUGUACAAGACUACUGUUCCUUGCUAUGAUACUGAAAACUUUCGCUGCAAUCUAGUCGUAACCAUGAGACCUAUUCCUCAAGACAAAUUGAAAGUCGUUGUGCAAACCACCCAUCCAAUGAAAAAGUCACAUGGAGCACCAGUUCACAUUGGUAACCCUGGUUUGUUAGGGAUCAAAGAUCUUUCCAGUCCAGACUAUGGUGAUGCAGUACAGGCUCAUCCUGGAGAUGUUCCUGUCUUUUGGGCCUGUGGAGUCACAGGUGUAGAAGCUGUCCGUAACUGCAAAUCUCCACUGGCGUUUACCCAUUCUCCUGGUUGCAUGUUUAUCACUGACUUGAAAGAUGAUGAUGAUAAUGAUGAUGCAGCACCUGGCCAAGAACUCCCUGAUGUUUACUGUAUUGGUUGGAAUCCUCUGUAUUAUAGCAUCGUAUCAGCAGCAGCUGUACAAAAAAUCAGAUGUCUAGAAGACACGAUAGGAGUUGACCCAGGAGAAAGAGGUGUGAAACAUUUGCGUUCUCAGGAUGAACUUCUGAAAGCAUGUUUGUCUAUGUCCCAUGCCCAGUCAGUGUUGAUUACAACUGGAUUUCCUACCCACUUCAAGUACGAUCCUCCUGAAGAGAAUGAUGGGCCUCCUGGAGCCAUUGCAAUGGCAUCCAUGUUGAAGGCCCUGGGGAAAAAUGUAGCUAUAGUGACUGAUCAAAGAGCUCUCAAUUUGAAUAAAAAGAUAAUCAAGGAGGCUGUUGAACAAGGGAUACUGGAGACAGUAGUGCCUGUGAUUAGCUAUCAUAGUAAUUCUGCAGAUUCAGCUUUACAGUUUCUUUGUGAAGAUGGAAAUACAGAAAAGCCCAGAUAUAACCACCUAAUAGCAAUAGAGCGUGCUGGAGUGGCUGCUGAUGGCAAUUAUUAUAAUGCAAGAAAAAUUAAUAUUAAACAUUUAGUGGAUCCCAUUGAUGAACUCUUUUUAGCGGCAAAAAAUAUCCCAGGAAUUACUACAGCAGGAAUUGGGGAUGGAGGAAAUGAAUUAGGAAUGGGAAAAGUAAAAGAAGCUGUAAAGAAAUACAUCACAAAUGGAGAUGUUAUUGCUUGUGAUGUAGAAGCAGAUUUUACAGUUGGUGCAGGAGUUUCUAAUUGGGGAGGCUAUGCUGUUGCUUGUGGGCUGUAUAUUCUUAAUACAUGUGAAGUACAUGAUCGUUACCUGAGGAAAGCUGUCAAGUUUCCCAAGUUAUCCAAGAAAAUGGGCUGGGCAUCAGCACUACCCUCUGUGGCUAAGGAAGAAAAGUUGCUCAACAUAUUACAGCAGAAUGAAGUGCGUAGUGGAAAGACUGCCAGUCUGGAAAUGGAAGUGGAUGGUCUGCCUUUCUACGAUGUCCACUCACUUAUACUUGAGAAGCUGUUGAAGGAAACACUGACAUAACCCCUCCUUAACAAAGAAUGAUAGGUUGGUCAUUUUUAGACAUGUUUGUCUACCUCUCUACUAGACAGAAAAAUGCUAUCAUUCUCUCAUUAGCAAGUAUAUCAUCACUUCUGAGGUGUUACUGAAUUACUGAAUCAAUGUAACUGGUGCACAAUAGAUUUUCAGAAUUAUGCCUUCUUGAAUUAACUUAAUAAAAUAUAUUUGUAGAGACAUCUGCCUUUAUCACAUUCAACAACAAAUUGAUCAAAAUAUGGUUUCUCUAAUUUAGACAUGAUCCAUCUGGGCCCUUAUCUGCCAGAUUCCUUGUUAAAAUGAGAAUUCAGGCUGUAGCUGCUCAUUCUGUUCUUACAAAAGUUCAACUGUCUCUUUUUCUCCAUAAUUCAGUCUAAUAAAAUAAACACACUGGUCUCAUUUGGACAUAAUGUUAAACUGUGCUUUAGCAUUACAUGAAAGAUUGUGUAGCAUCAAUAAAGUUGAACAACUGCCAGUCUACUUGGCAUCAGUAUGUAGAAUGAUUGAAGGGAGUACUAUCUUGCUUUUUUCCUCAGACUGCAAAAUCUCUUGGGCCAGUCUUGCCCAGAGAGCCUGGAAAAGGCCCCACUAUUCUUGGACUUGCACAGUCUCUUCUUCCUUUCUUCCUCCAAGAUGGCUUAAAAAAGAAAUUAUAACCUUUUACUUCCAUUUUAAAAAUGCAAUUUAAAGUUAUGUUGAGAUCAUGAGAACUAUGAUUAGUCAUAACUAUAAUUUACCAAACAAAAUCAACUUCAAAGUAUGGUUUAUGAAGCUAGUUUCUUUCAAUAAAUCUCAUUUAAAUUUAACCACUUAACAGUAAGAACAUUAAACUGUGGGGAAUGGAAAACUGAAACAAAAUCUUCCAGCCUUCUAUUCAUGGUAAUGCUAGCACCUUAUCUACAUUCAUUCAUAAUUAUGCUAGAUUAUGCAUGGAUGAUGGCACUGUUUGGACGACCUUUCCUUUAAUAUCCAUCUUGCCCCUUCAAUAAAUAGAAGAGCUGUUCUGUUUAUAGAAGAUUGCUGAUUUCCACCUACAAUCUCAAGCACUACUUCCCAUGCUCUCUGACCCUCUGGCCCCUGUGGGUUUUUUGACCAGGAGAAAUGGUUCUGCUGACCCAAACAGCUAUUUGUAUGGACCCAAUUUCAUUUGUUUUCUUCUAUUCUUGAAUGACCUGAAGUUCCUAAACAAUCAAAAAUAUUUUAAAAAAUGAAUGUGAUUUUCCAUUUAGAAGAAAUCAGAAUUAUAGUAAGUGACUAUUUCAGUGCUGUUGUGUCAACAAUCUUUUUUGUAGUCUUUGUCCUAAGUAAUAAAUAUGAUGCUGAAAUCAC